CCUAGGCCGUGGCAGUCCCGGACCCACUGCUCCGGACCGGGCCCAGCUCCCGCCCGGCAGCCCGGCUGUCGGUCCCGGGCCGGCGGCCCCCGCAAGCCGCCGCCGGCCCCGCCCCCGGGCACCAUGCUGCCCUCGCAGGAGGCCUCCAAGCUCUACCACGAGCACUACAUGCGGAACUCGCGCGCCAUCGGUGUGCUAUGGGCCAUCUUCACCAUCUGCUUCGCCAUCAUCAACGUGGUGGUCUUCAUCCAGCCCUACUGGGUGGGCGACAGCGUGAGCACCCCCAAGCCUGGUUACUUCGGCCUCUUCCACUACUGUGUGGGCAGCGGGCUGGCGGGCCGCGAGCUCACCUGCCGCGGCUCGUUCACCGACUUCAGCACUAUCCCGUCCGGCGCCUUCAAGGCGGCCGCCUUCUUCGUGCUGCUCUCCAUGGUGCUGAUCCUCGGCUGCAUCACCUGCUUUGCUCUUUUCUUCUUCUGCAACACGGCCACGGUCUACAAGAUCUGCGCCUGGAUGCAGCUCUUGGCAGCUCUGUGCCUUGUGCUGGGCUGCAUGAUCUUCCCCGACGGCUGGGACGCCGAGACGAUCCGGGACAUGUGUGGGGCCAAGACCGGGAAGUACUCCCUGGGGGACUGUUCGGUGCGCUGGGCGUACAUCCUGGCCAUCAUCGGCAUCCUCAACGCCCUCAUCCUCUCCUUCCUUGCCUUCGUGCUGGGCAACCGGCAAACGGACCUGCUGCAGGAGGAGCUCAAGCAGGAGAACAAAGAUUUUGUGGGCUCUACAGUAAGCUCUGUGUUGCGGCCAGGGGGUGAUGUCUCUGGAUGGGGAGUCCUCCCCUGUCCCGUCGCUCACUCACAGGGACCCUGAAGGCCGGGAUCACAGCCCAGGAGUUGACCUGCCCUCAGCUUGUCCUGUCUUCUGCCCUCUCAUCCCUCCAUUCACGCUCUGAGGGAAGACCCCGAUCUUGGACUGACCUCACCUGCUACCUGCCUGCGAGCUCCGGGCUUUGAAGAGAGGCUGGGGCUGGGAUGCAGCCUGAGGGAGGGGAGAGGCCCUGCAGAGCCUGGGAGGGUCUGGGUCUGCACCUCCCUCAACUGACGUAAGGGAGACAGCCCCCAGUCCCUGGCCUCCUCUUCCCCUCCAGUCUGGCCAGGGCCCUGCAGAGUCUUCAGGGGAAGGCGACGCCGUGGUUCCCCCACCAGGCUCCCUCAGUCCGGAGGGCUGCUGCCUGGCUCUAUCCUCGCCUCCUCUGGUCCCCGCCUCCUGCAGAAACUUAUCCAAGACACUGCUCCAGGGCAGCAGACUGGACUCUUUCCUAUCUUUUUUUUUUGGCUGAUGGUGGUUCCAUCAUCUCGUCACAGAGCUCCAGGCGCCACCGGCCUCCCUGGGGCCUCUCUGCUCCUGCUGCAGCCUGGUCCCAGCUCUCCCAAAGGAGUCUGAGCUGCACCGAGGGAGAAAGCACAGGGCCUUCUGGUCAGAUGCUGACUAGGGCCCUGUCCACGUGGACUCUGAGCCAAGACAGGCAGGCUCUGGAGGCAGAGCCUGGACUCCUGUCUUGAUGGCGCUUGGCCUCUGCAGCUGGGGCUGGAAGUAGCUCUGGGGCUGGCCUGGCCUCCUCCCUGCUCGGAUGGCUCACCAGUGACUGGACCCUUGACCCCGGCCUGUUUUGUACAGCGUAGACUUCUUGGCCCUGUUGUCAGGGUUGGGGAGAGGUGCCCAUGAGUAGGGAAUUAGGGGAUGCGUCGCCCCUCUGCCCCUUCUUGUGCUGUCCCCCCAUCCCCUUCUGCCAAGGGCAGAGACUGUCUUGCCUCUUUGAUACUUUUCUGCAUAACUUGAACUUGCAGGUCACCUCUGAACAGGGUACCCCCUGUCCCCAUCCCCAGCCCUAGUAACCCUCUCCCCACCUCUUCCUCCUCCCUGCCCCCCUCUCGCCUUGCGGUUUGCCCAGGGUCUGCAACCCAGUGGGCACGCUUGGAGCCGAGGCAUGAGUGUGUGUGUGUGUGUGUGUGUGUGUGCGCGUGCGUGUGCACGCGCGCGUGUAGGUGUUUGUGGGGCAGAUGAAAUCUUCUCUCCCCCUCUCCUCCCACCGUGGGGCCAUCUCUUCCCUUCCUGCAGGGAGCACAGGAAGGAGACUGCAGGUGUUUCUGACCUCCCCUCACUGCCUUGGGGACCCGGUGGUAGAGCCAUCUGGCUUGGGGUGUGGACGGCCCCUUCCAGCCCCCAUUUUGGCGGCCGGUUGGCUUCAUUUCGUGUGCCUACUUCUGUCUCCAGGUACUGGCUGCCUGGCCUAUUGUGGAGGGGGGGCAUGAGGCCCCUGCAGGCUCAGUGGGGAAGCGUGUGGUCUCCCUGUCAUGUCGGCCUCAGCCCAAGGAGGGAGGAAAGCAGCGAGUGCCAUGUAUUUGCAGCCUUGUGUUCAUUUCCAUAGGACCUGGACCUGACAGAGUUUCCAAGACAGACCCUAGAAAUCCUCUGCCUGAGUCCCCCAUCUGGACCCUAACUGGAGUCACAUGCUGGGGCCUGGGAGGUUUCCUGAAACCUGGAACUUACUAAGUCCUGACCCCGGCCUUCUCUACUCCCUCCUCCUGGUCAGACACCUGCCCCUUGUGCUCUGGUCCCUGCACUGUGCUCCCCUCUCUCCUGCUCCCACCAGGGUCCCGUGCUGAGUGGGAGGGUGAGGGGAGCCUCGUGAAGGUGUGGAGUGGGGGGGCAGAAGUGAGUUCCUCCAAGAUCCAAACCAAAGCCCAGUGUUGGAGGGCAUCAGGGGGAGGGGCCAGGAGCAAGGGAUUAGAAAUGGGAGGAAGGGGACUUCCCUGGCGGGCCAGU